AUGAGUCCUAUACAUCUAACCUUCAUUGAAAUUAAAUCCAUGUAUCCCUCUUGCCAGCAUCACCAGUUUCUCUCUCCCUCUGCAGCAUCAUCUAGAAGGACGUACCUGAGUCUUCAAGUGGUGGUGCCGCCUGGCCAACCCAUCUUGAGAGUUGGGAGCCAGCGGGCCACAGGUGGGGUGGUGGGUCCACUGCAGGAGGGAGCCUCUCUGGCCAUAACCUGCAGCGUCGCCGGCGGCCAACCACCUCCUGACCUCGUCUGGAUGACACAGGAUGAGGUCCUGGACGCAACGGAGGAAUCUCGGUCGUCAGGCAUAACAGUGAACCAGCUCAACUUGUUACGUUUGUCAAGAACAUUCCAUAACGCCAUCCUUACCUGUUACGCUUCCAAUAGCAAUGUGACCACACCAACUAGCGCAUCUCUUACAGUCACCAUGAACCUUCGACCCUUGGUGACGAAGGUGGAGGCGCCCAUCAAGGGGUUAAGGGUGGGCAGGGAGUAUGACAUGAGGUGUGACUCAGCUGGGUCACGCCCACACCCUAACAUGACCUGGACUCUGGGCACCACCCCCGCCGCCCACACUCUGCUGGCUACAACAGAGCACGGGGUCAACAUCAGCACGUCCAGGGUGAGACUGACAGCCUCACGACGCCACCAUGGUCAGCGACUCACCUGUACUGCAGUCAACCCGCUGUUUCCUGCCUCACCUGUGUCUGACACAAUCUUGUUGAAUGUUACUUACCCACCAGUAGCCACUAUGGAGCUGGGUCGAGGUGUGGCUCCAGUGGUGAAGGAAGGAGAGGACGUCUACUUCAACUGUAAUGUUGACGCCAACCCUCCCACGUACAGGAUUUCCUGGUACAGGCUGGACAAAGCUAUCGUACACUCACCAGAGGCUGGUGUCGUCCUCAGCGGCAACAGCUUGGCUCUACGAGGUGUAACUCGACACCAGGCUGGACCUUAUGUGUGUUCAGCUUCUAACGUCGAGGGUGACACCCACAGCCCUCCAUUGAUCCUCUCCGUUAACUACGCUCCGGUGUGCGCAGAGGUAACUGGUGCAGGCGCCCGUGUCUACGCCACAGGUCUGGGCCAGUUCAUCAACGUGUCGUGUGAGGUUCUGGCGUCGCCAGCCUCCGUCAAGUACUCUUGGGUGUUCAACAACUCCAUCACCUCCCAGAGGCUCUCAGGAGAGCAGGUCCUGACCACUGCAGGUUUGUUCCUGCUUCGGUUCACAACACAAGGACCCGGGUUCAAUGCUGGGGCGGGAGAAAAUGUUAGGGCAGCUUCCCUUACACCUGUUGCCCUUGUUCGCCAGGCAGUAAAUAGGUACCUGGGUAGGGGUACAGAUGGGGGUAGCGUGGUACAGUUCGUGGCGAGGACCCACCAAGACUACGGUACGCUGCAGUGCUGGGCACAGAACGUAGUGGGUAGAAUGACGGAACCUUGUCUGUUUCACGUUGUACCUGCAGGACGUCCGGAACGACCAGUGGGGUGUUCAGUCGUCAACAAAACCUACGACUCCCUGGUUGUCGCUUGCAAACCUGGCUUUGAUGGUGGCCUCCAGCAGUCAUUUGUUGCUAAGGUUUUUGAGGAGGUAACAGGUCGGAGUCAGGUCAACGUGUCCUCCAAGUGGCCAACCUUCAUCCUAGAAGGCUUGACCCCCGGCCUCGACUAUAUCAUACAAGUGGUAGCGAGGAACGUCCUGGGAAGCUCUGAUCCCGUCAACUGGAAGCUUUUACCUACAAGAUGGCUGAGAACAGAAUGCUCGGCGAUCAAACAAAAGCCCGAGAAAUAUGACCGGAUCACGUUCAGGGAUACGGGAGCCAUACGGUUACAACAGAGUAACAGAGACAACAGAACGUCCGGUGAAAUUAAUUUGGUGCGUUUUAGCACCAGGGAACUGAAGUCUUUGGGAGACAUGAUUAUGACAUACAAAAUAUUAAGAAAACUUGAUAGGGUGGACAAGAUAGCAAUUGCUAUUCGAGAGGCAUGGAAUUGGUUCACGGGGGCACAGUUAGGAACUGAAGACAGAGAUUCUAGCAAUGGUGUGAUGAUAGACUUUGAACCUAAGAGAAAACUAUCGUAUCUUAUGACGUGA